UAGCCGCAGUAUGAUUCUUUCUGCGUCAGUGGCCCACGAUGUGCGCUAUGCGAUGGUUGUGUAUUUUCUAUCGCUAUUUUAAAAUGUCAAAAAAAACGUGAGAUUUUCGACAAUCACGUUAUUCACGAUUGAAAACUCCAAAUGCAACGAAUUGUAUGAUCCCAAGGACCAAAGAUGUCAAAACGACUGAGCUUCUAUGGUCUAGUAGGCCUGGCGUCCCUUUGCAUCUUCUUCUUAGCAUUUAAUCAACGCUACAGCAGCUACCUUGAGCAUCGACUUCAGCCGGUGAUAUCGGUCAGUAAAAAAUCGGAGGUGGGGAUUGCUCUAAAUUGAGUCACGCCAAACACGCUCUUUCCGAUGGAUGUGGAAAUAACGCCACGUAUCAUCAAAAUCCAUGAUCCAGCAACGGCAUACUUUAGGUCUAUUGAAAAUGUUACACUUUCUGAGAUACAAGAAGUUGUUGAUCAACAGAGAAAAGCAAUCGAAAGAGAAAUGGAAGGAUAUAAAUAUCCCAAUGGAAAAUAUGAAGUUAAUGUCAGUAAAUUGGAAGAUUUAGUAUUAGAAAAAGGAGGGAGACCUAUGAGAAGUGUAAUUUUGACAAGUUGGCGAAGUGGAAGUACAUUUCUUGGGGAUGUAGUUAAUGCACAUCCAGCAAAUUUUUAUCAUUAUGAACCUCUACUUGAUUUUGGAAUUGUACAAAUUAGGGGGCCACCACUCGCCGAUGAAGCACUUAGUAACCUUGAAGCGUUACUAAAGUGUGAUUUUAAUAAUCUUGAUCGAUAUUUAGAUUAUGGCAAAACACAUCCUUGGGUCUUCAAUCAUAACACGCAUUUAUGGAAACAAUGUCAAAUUCACAAAAAAAUUUGUUGGGAUCCACGAUUUGUUUCUAAAUUUUGUAAAUUAUUUCCCUUUCAGUCGAUGAAAAUAGUUCGUUUACGAUUGCGUGCUGCAGAAAAACUGUUACAACAAGAAGACUUAGGAAUACGUUUAGUUCUAUUAGUUCGUGAUCCAAGAGGAAUUUUGCAAUCUAGAAAGCAUCGAGAAUGGUGUCCUACUAAUCCAGAUUGCUCAGAUCCUACAUUAGUAUGUGCAGAUAUGGUUUCAGAUUUUAGUACAGCUGUACAACUGAUAAAAAAAUAUCCACAUACCUUCAGGGUAGUUCGUUACGAAGACUUAUCUGUAGAUCCCUACAAACAUGUGAAGGAACUAUAUAAUUUCUAUGGUUUAGAUUUUCAUAUAAAUGUAAAAAAAUUUUUAGAUACUCAUACAAAAAAUGACGUCGGUGGUGUUUCAAGCACUUUUCGAAAUUCUAAAGUGGCACCCUUUCAUUGGCGGACAGAUCUUGAUUUUGAAGAAGUUGAUGAGAUACAAAGAGUGUGUGCACCAGCUAUGCGAUUAUGGGGAUAUGUUAUGGCAUCGAAUUCUAGCCACCAAAAGGAUUUCGAUCCACUCACAAAUUAUCAAUUGCAAUUGUGAUAUGUGGCAUAGUGUACGAUAAAUGUAUAGUAUCUGAAUGUAACUAUUACUGUGUAGAAUGGUUAUAAUUAUUAGCUUAUCUGCACAGAUAUUGAGAUUAUCACAAGUGCCCUCAUUCACAUUGAAAAGGUGCUGAUAGCUUGCUUAGACAAGCGCUUAUGAAUUCUUAUGAUCAAUUCAUUUUGCUAAUCCAUUUUGGAUUGGUAAAAAAAGAAAAAAUAGCAAAUUAUUGAACUUCGUAAGACCAAUGCUAAAAUUCGUUCCUUAAAAAAUUUAUAAGAGAUGCAUAAGUGCUCUUCGAGCUUGUUGCAUAAUAAAUAAAAUCGAUCUCGAACUAUAGUCCAAAGUUUUAUUAAGAGCAAUUUUUAAGACUUUGGUAUGCAACAAGGAAACAUCCAUAUCAAUGCAAAUAAUAAAUAUAAUAAUAAAUUAAUAAUCUUUUUUAGAAUUCAAGUUUAAAUUAAUAUCGCGGUCUUAAUAUAAUGAAUAUAACUAAUGUAAUGCAUUAGAAUUUUCCAUUGAAAUAUUGAAAAAAACCAUAAGAUAUCAAACAUUUGCAUAAGUGUUAUUUUUUACAGACAUUGAAACAAAAUUGUAUGUAAUAUAUAAUAUUGUUUUACUAUAUAAAUUUUUCAAUUGUUUUAAAA